ACAUGUAUGCUUUAUUGGAUAAGGAUCUUGUAGAUAUUCCCACUUAUUGGUUGACAUGAGAAUAAGAGGUCAUUUUGGAUAUUUCCAAGUAUGCAAGUAAAGGUUCUGAAAUAUAGUUAGGAUGACCACCUAGAUCUAUGCAGUGUUCUCUCUGAAUCUAAACUAAUUAUAAACUUUGGAUUUUCUUCCACUCCCAACCUGUGUUCACAUCAGGGGAAUAUCUGCUUUCCUCCUGUUUUAAAGGGAGGCAGUUUUAUUGUUGUUGUUGUUGUUGUUUUUACCAGAACCUGAAAUAAUAGAGUGAGAAUUUGUGUUUGGGCUGUGGCAUCAGGGAGAAAACCCGGUCCAAGCUGCAAAUAGCAUCAGGCCUGACAGCUGGCGUUAGCCCUGUAGCCAAUAAAGAGUUAGCCCACCCGCGGCGGGGGCAGCGCUGGGGGCUGAGGGGGCGGAGAGGCCGGGCGGGCCCGGGCUUGCGGGCUGGGGAGCGCGCGGCGGACAGGGGGCGGAGCCCGAGCCGGAGCCCCGAGGCGGAGCUGACGUGCGGCGGCCGCACUCGGACCUGGGAGCGCUUGUGCGCGGCCCGCGUUUCGCCCCCUGAGGAACCAAGAAAGAGUGUGCAAUGAAUGGUGACACUCGGGCCGCCGUGGUGACCUCACCACCCCCGACCACAGCCCCUCACAAGGAGUGGUACUUCGACAGGGUGGAUGAGAACAAUCCGGAGUAUUUGCGAGAGAGGAACAUGGCACCGGACCUUCGCCAGGACUUCGAAUAUGAUGGAGCAGAAGAAGAGGGUGUCCAUGAUCCUGCAGAGUCCUGCUUUCUGUGAAGAGUUGGAAUCGAUGAUACAGGAACAAUUUAAGAAGGGGAAGAACCCCACAGGCGUGUUGGCGCUACAGCAAAUUGCAGAUUUCAUGACCGCGAACGUACCGAACGUCUAUCCCGCAGCUCCACAAGGGGGGAUGGCGGCCUUGAACAUGAGUCUUGGUAUGGUGACCCCUGUGAAUGACCUGAGAGGAUCUGAUUCGAUCGCCUAUGACAAAGGGGAGAAAUUAUUGCGGUGUAAGUUGGCAGCAUUUUACUGGCUGGCAGAUCUCUUUGGAUGGUCUCAGCUUAUCUACAAUCAUGUCACAACCAGAGUGAGCUCCGAGCAGGAACAUUUCCUCAUUGUUCCCUUUGGACUUCUCCAUAGUGAAGUGACUGCAUCCAGUUUGGUUAAAAUCAAUAUACAAUGAGAUGCAGUAGAUCGUGCAAGUACUAAUCUGGGCGUAAGUCAGGCUGGCUUUGUGUUACAUUCUGCCAUUUAUGCUGCGCGACCGGAUGUGAAGUGUGUGGUGCACAUCCACACACCAGCAGGGGCCGGGGUCUCUGCGAUGAAAUGUGGCCUCUUGCCAAUCUCCCCGGAGGCACUUUCCCUUGGAGAAGUGGCUUACCAUGAUUAUCAUGGGAUUCUGGUUGAGGAGGAGGAAAAAGUAUUAAUUCAGAAAAACUUGGGGCCUAAAAGCAAGGUUCUUAUUCUCUGGAAUCACGGGCUCGUGUCGGUCGGAGGGAGCGUUGAGGAGGCCUUCUACUAUAUCCAUAACCUGGUGGUUGCGUGUGAGAUCCAGGUUCGAACUCUGGCCAGUGCAGGAGGGCCGGACAACUUGGUCCUCCUGGAUCCUGACAAGUACAAAGCCAAAUCCCGUUCCCCGGGGUCUGUGGCUGGG